CAACCACAGGAAAUUUGGUCAGGCACCAGAACAGACCUCAGGAGCAUUUGUACAAGCUGUUGAGUCUGUAGUUCUUCUUUAGUGCACAAAUUGAACUGAACACAAGAUCACUUGGUGUACGAUCUUCCAUCUUUAAAUUCGACAUUAAAUGAGAACAUCUACGAUGUCAGUUUUGUUCAUCAUAUGGAUGCUUUGUACUCUGGAUUUGUCAGACUCUGCACCUGACGAAUGUCAAGAUGAGAUAGAGCGUCUUCGAGCGGAGAUGAAAAAUUUGGAAGUUCGCCAUUCAAAGCAACAUCAACUUAUUCAACGAUUAAUGAAUCUCAACCAGAUGAAUGAACGUUCCCUAAAAGAGGGCUCAAUUUAUGACAUGGGAGACAAACAGUACAUGGAUUGUGCUCAGAUCUUCAAAAAUGGCAGCAUGCAGAGUGGAUUUUACAUGAUUAAACCACUGCUUAGUCCAACCCAGAUCAGAGUCUUCUGUGAUAUGACAGAGGGGGGUGGAUGGACAGUCUUCCAGAGACGCUCAGAUGGCAAGGAGUCAUUUGACCGAGAUUGGAAUGAUUAUAAAACAGGAUUUGGUGACAUGAAGUCUCCUAAUGGAGAGUUCUGGUUAGGGAAUGAUAAUCUCCAUUAUUUGACAUCUCAAGAUGAUUACACCCUGAGAAUCAAUCUGGAAGAUUUUGAGGGCAGCCACCGUUUUGCAGUGUACAGAAAGUUCAAAUUGGAUAAUGAACAGAACCACUACCAGCUCCAGUUUGGUGUAUACACAGGAAACGCAGGGGACGCUCUCUCUGGCAGUUAUCAUCCUGAGGUUCAGUGGUGGGCCAGCCACCAAGGAAUGAAGUUUAGCACACGAGACAGGGAUAAUGACCGCUACGACCGCAAUUGUGCUCAGGAGGACAAGGGUGGCUGGUGGUUUAACAGAUGUCACUCCGCCAAUCUGAAUGGAUUUUACUACCGAGGACCCUACAGCGCAGUCACUGAUGAUGGAAUAGUGUGGUACCCAUGGCAUGGCUGGUGGUACUCCCUCAAAUCUGUCCAGAUGAAGAUCAGACCAGCCAUUUUUGAGCCUAAUGAUGUUUAACUCAUGGAUCUGAUAUCUAAACUACGAAGGCGAUGAAUUAGUGGAUGAUGGCAAAUAACAUAUAGUCCAUCUUAGUGGUCCAAUUCUUAACUAUUUACAUACGUAGGCCUAGUUCAAAAAGCUCUUCUACUGCAUGUAGCGCAAUAAAAAUUUCAACACAU